GUGCUCGGUGCGUGGAACGAGCAUCGGCCCGUGCUCGAGCGCCUCGGCGUCCCAGCUUGCCACUCGACGCUGCCGCUCGCGGCGCUCGACGAGAGGAACCGAAGCCACCCACUCGCGAGGCCGCAGGUGCUCGUCGACGUGGUGCACCUCUCGCGGUGGGGCCACCUGCUCACCGCCUUCUUCUGCGUUGCCGUGCUGCACGCGGAGGGAGAGGCGCUCUGGCGACACAGUGCCGCGCAGAGAGAGGCGCGCUGGCGGGCCAGCCUCGCGCUGCCUCCGCUCGACCCGUCCAUUGAGGGGCUGGUGCUCGAGCGCAUGACGACUCCCCUCGCGCUGAUCGACUUUACAAACUCGCGAGGCGCGGGCAUGGAGGCCGUCGUGCACGCCGAGGGGUGGGAGUGGCUGGCCCAGCACAAGCGCGGGGAUGGGGCGUACAUCUUCGACAAGGUGAAGCGAGGCGCGUCAAUAUACAGCACGGGCGGGCACAAGCUCGGGUACGUCGCGCGCAGGGGCGGCGCCAACUUCGUCGCCAACGUGACGGUGGAGACGGGCUCGCUCACCGUUGGGUACUUGCGCAGCUACAGCGGCGCCGCCUCGGUGAAGGUCGAGGUGGUGCGACGUGUGGGCGACGGCACAUACCUCCCCCUUCCCGCCUCUCACCAGGCCUCAGAGGGUAGUGAUUCGGGCGCCACCUUCCACCGCAAGUGGGCACACAACGUGUCUGUCCACAGCUCGAGCGUGCUGCGGUUGCGCCUACCCGCUUCGGGGGUGACUUCGGGGGCACCGGCCGCGGUGCUCAUCCGAUUCACGCUCAUCGAGGGGAAUGAUGUGCCCUUCACGCUGUAUUCGGUUCAGUCGUGUUGACUGUUGAGAUGUAAUUCGCGUUCAAGAUCAACGCUUUCGUAGAGAUCA